AUGGAGUCCUCAACUCAGCGGCGUAUUGUACCUAUCCUCGUUCAAGUGCUUCCGGCAAAAAGGCCAGUCAACGACGCGCAGGCUCAAGUGGCCGCCAGUGCUGCUAUUUCUAACGACAAUGAAGUCAAUCUGAUGAGCCUCAGCAACGAGCUUUUACAUAUCAUAGCACUAGCUCUCCGUGGCAGCAGAACCAUUCUCGAUCUUUCGCUCACCAACAAGCGCCUCCGAGCUAUCGCUCAAGAUUCCAUGUUACGCGAGCUUUGCAUCCCAAACAAAGGUAUAAGACAAGUCUUGGAAAUGCUGGGUGUCAAUUCUUCCGAUGUUGCAAAGGUUCGUCAUCUCAUUCUACCACGGCAAGACGACUGCACUAGGACCGACUGCUGUUGCCUACGCUUAUCCGACCUUGACACACGCACAGUACGACUGUUGCACGAUGCAAUCGAACGCAAUCCCACCCAUGACUUCACUUGGGAACGGAUCCAAGAUGUGGAGCGUGACUCACAUACAUGGUACCACAAAUACCACAGUCUCCUGCUGGACAUCCUGGUUGCACUUCUUCCAUCUUUGAAAGAGGUAACAAUGUCGCUGCCCCCACGCGAAGAUCCUGCUCAAACAACACCCUCAGUCUGGCCAUUGACCUACCAACAUGCCUCCGUUUCACCGUUCGAUGGCAUUGUACUUCAAAUGAUGCAGACAAAACUGCAAGUCCUGACGAUUCAGUCUGACGCAAGGUAUCAGCAGCAUAUCAUCAAACUGCCUGGAUUUCUCAAUCUACGGUCGCUGACAAUAUCAAUGGUACAUCUCGGGUCACCAAGCAGCAUAGAUUUCUACAAGCCAGACGUCACGUCGAUGGACCUUAAGAAACAAAACUGGCUUCCGUUGACCUUGACAGACCUUCAUCUUACAUCAUGUACGAGAUCAACAUUCGUCCUCCUUGAUAUGUUCACCUCUUUUUCGUCCGACUUACUACGAUUGAAGCGCAUCACGUUGGCGUUCGAUAUGAUCGCGAGCUCAGCCCUCAUUCUCUGCGCAAUGGAACAGCUGCCGCGAUGCACCACCAUGACGGCUCUCGGGUGGGUACAAACAUUAGCAGACCUGGCUCGUAAAGGGCUCACGGUGAAGCUCUGUGCAGAGACUUCGUCACCUCUGUGUAUCAGCGGGCGCAGAGCCACCUUCACCGAGGAACUCCAAGCAAUGACAACUUUGUCUUCAGUCGAGGUUACAAGGAUUAUUCGAGCGGGCAUGCAGUUGUCAGUGGCUGUUGCACGGUCCCGUACUGGAUCCAGGAGACGAUCGUCGCCAUUGGAGCGCAGACUGUUCUUACUGCAUGGGACAGACUAUCCGACACUGUUCUCGAGUCCCACAUUCUCCGCUACAUACUGGACUGAGGUUACCUUCUUCCAUGGUACACGGAAAACCUUUAGGCGCCUCAAUCGUCGGAAACAAAGGAUUUGA